AUGGAAUGGUGGCUAUCAUACCUACUACUCAGAGUCAUCACGUAUAAAGCGAGGAUAAGUAUCGAGCUUGCACUAAUGUGCCUUGCCUUAAUCACUAUAUUGGGAAUAAUAGACUUCUUGCUGAUUAAAGUAGUGAGAAAAUGAAUAAAAACCAAUAAAAAGCGCAAUCAUGAAGAAAUUGAACUCAGAAAGAUUCAAGAAGAGGAUACAGAUCAGCAGAUUGAGGAAGAAUCAAGGGAAAAGAUACACGAAAAUCAAAAUUCAAAGAUAGUUUAUCGAUCAGUAACCAUCCCCGAAAAAUUAAUGAUAUCUCUAAUUUUGUUCCUUGAGCUAUUGAUCUACAUCAUGAUUUGACUGAUGCUAUUCACAUUUAUUAUGUUUGAGACUAAUCUGAGCUGGCUAAUUAUAUUACUAUACAUGAUUCUUUAUAGUUGCCUUCCGAUCAUAGCAUAUUACAGGGUGUUCUCUGUUCAGGAAACCUUUAAUAUCUCCUUAUUCAAUGUCACCACAAGUGUAAUAAAGAAAGGAUUAUUAAUACUCUUAUUGGCUUUCACAAUUAUAGUUAUGAUGCUUGUAUCUCAUUCAGCAUGUGCUUGUAAUCAUAACUUUGCAGUGCCUGGUUUUACGGUAAACUCAGUAAGAAUGAGCACAAGUUUUACUAGAAAAUCAUAUGAAAGUUCUUGCUCUUUCAUAAAUUCCUCUUUAUGUCAUAUUUAUGCAACUCUCCCUGAAAAUGCUCAAAACGAAGUAUACAUUAAUAUCCAUGCAUAUCCUGAAAGCAUUCAAAAUCAGAAGAUAUUUCCAAAACUUUCAUAUAAAUGGGAAGGAUUUGAUGGAGCUAGGUAUGCUGGCCAAGAACCUACAAUUGGAGAAUAUAUGUUCCCAGAUUCAUUUGUGCAAGAUAAAAAGAUUCUCACAUUUCAUAUUAAAAGUAUUCCCAAGGAUGCCAUAAUGAUGAUGAAAGUGGAAACCUCAAAUUUGACACAUAUGUUUACAUACAAAGUCCCUGACGGAGAGAACAUGAGACUCCUUGUAGGCGGAGAUGUGGGGAAUGACAAAUCUACUUUGCAAAUGCAUCAAAAUACAGUUGAGAAAUUAGACUAUGAUAUCAUCCUUAUUGGAGGAGACAUCGCAUACGAUAAUAACAUGCCAUUCUGAUACAAAGCAUGGGAUUAUAUCAUUAAAUACUUCCCUAAUCUCAAAGAAGAUAAGUUUGGAGGGCAUAGAAUCUUUCCUUUUAUAUUUGCAAUGGGAAAUCAUGACCUUGGGGUAGAUUCAUACACUGGGUUAAAACUUACACAUGAUAUCUAUGAGCCUGUGAUAAAACACUGGUUCCCGCAGAAUAGUUAUCUUAAAGAGGUUCCUUUAAUAAAUCAAAGAAAAUCCUACUUUGCUCAUGAAUUUAAUGAAAUCCUCGUCCUCUCUCUAGAUGCUGGUUAUGAAGUUUCAAUGGAAGGAGAACAACUACAAUGGAUGGAGGACACACUCAAAAGUUCUAACGCAAAGCUCAAGAUUGUGCAGUACCAUCCUCCGAUAGUUGCUGGAUAUCAACAAAACAGAGAAGGAGAUUUGAAAAUUCAGAAAAUAGGCAAAGAGAAAUGGUUACCACUUUUUGAUAAAUAUAACGUUACUAUUGUAUCUGAAAAUCAUUCCCAUGUUCUUAAAAGAAGUAAGAGACUUGAUUCCAAACUCCAGGAGACAGUUAACGGAACUCUUUACAUUGGAGAAGGAGCUUAUGGAUUUUAUUCACCACUAAAGCCACUUAAAUGAGAGAAAGUAAUACCAGGCAUAGUCUGCCAAAAUAAUCAUGCCAAGGUCAGUCAGGAGCAAAAUGUAUGGCUAAUUCAUAAGCAUGGGAGUAAAGUCAAUCUGACUGCUUACAAUGAAAAGCACACUAUAAUUGAUGAAUUCGAACUACAUCUUAAUUAA